AUGGCUCCUAUCCACUUGCACGGCUCUCCAGAAUACCACAACGCCAUGGCCCGCAUGCAAGAACGCCAGGCCUCUUGGUCACGAAAGGCAAGAGAGACAUCAGAGGCAUCCGUCUCAGCGUCAGGCUCAGGCUCGAGCCACUCGGAUGCAUCCCCGCCUACCAACACACGCGCACUCGCCAACCCCAACCCACCCCGCAAUGGCAAGAACAGUCGCUCAGAGGGCAAGGGAGCCCGCAAAAAGGUGGCAAAGGCAUGUCUCGCGUGCCAAAAGUCACACCUGACUUGCGAUGAGUGCCGCCCAUGUACUCGCUGCAUGAAGAAGGGUAUCGGAGACCAGUGUGUCGAGGGUGUCCGCAAGAAGGCAAAGUACCUCAUGGAGGGUGACGAGCGUGCCCAGCCGCCUCCUGUCCCCAUCCCGGCCCCAGCACCACAGCAGGCUGCUCCCCCUUCCCUUCCACCCAUGUCCCCUCCUGCUCCCCACUUUGGUGGCCAGCUCCCUGUCUCGAUGCUGCCUGGUGUCAUGACCGCGCCCCCUCCACCAGCUCCCGCAGAGACUGCACGCGUCCCCGACAACAUCUGGCUCACUGCACCGCUCCCCGAGGUGCAGGCAGGCCAGCAGACGCUCACUACCGACUGGACCCUCCCCAACGACACCUUCAGUUUCACAAACAACACGGCCAACCUCGAGUAUGAAAUGUUCGACUCCAUGUUUGGCUCCUUGUCGCCCAACUUCCCGCUCGCCGACCUGACCACUGCCUCGUCAACAGACAACUCGACGCCGUCCAUGUGGUCCAACUUUGGUCUCGGCGACCACAGCAACAAUGCCGCUGCCAACAACCAUUCGGGCAACCAGGCCGUGUCGACCGACGUCGUCCUGGGACAGGACCCCAACAACGCCCUCAACCCCACACUCGCGGCUGACCUGUCCCCUCAGAACAUUUACAAUGGGUGGACGCCGACCACGGGCGCCGUCGACGACAUGCUCGCAACCACAACUGGGAACGGGGGCGAGCGGCCCAAGAAGCUCACGCCCGAGGACGUGUAUGCCCGUGUUGUCAAGGCGUACGACUACACCGAGGGCUACCAUGUUCUCAUGCAGUACCUCACCAACAACUUCCAAAAGGACGAUAUCCUGCGUGUGGUCCGCGCCUUGGCCGUGUUCCGUCCUUCGCUCAUCGCCCUCCAAAUGCCCCUCACCGAGGAAGACGAAAUCUUCCUGGAACGCUCCUUCCAGCGCACGCUCAUCGAGCUCGAGAAGCUCAUCUCCUUUUCGGCCACCCCGACCGCCGUGUGGCGCCGCACGGGCGAGCUUGUCUGCGUCGCCCCGCAGUUUUGCAAACUCACAGGCAAGACCGAGGACGACAUGCUGCGCUCCCGCACCAUGUACAUUUACCAGCUGUUUUCCAAGCAGGCUGUGAUUGAUUACUGGGAGAAUUUCGCCGAACACGCGUUUGAGAACACGACCCAAAACUUCUUCCAGGCGACCACGCUCGAGACGGCAAAGGGGAGCGUGCCGUGUGCCGCGUGCUUUACCAUCCGCCGCGACGUGUUCGACCUGCCGAGCGUGGUCAUUGGGCAGUUUUUGCCCAUCCCGCCUGAGGCGGCUUAG